UUGUAAUUUCUGAUCCUUAUAGUUUUCAUAAUUUUACUUCAACGGCGAUAGUUAUGCCAAGACUGAAUCAAUUGGUCGAUAAUUCUUAAGAAACAUACCCAAACUCUCUACCAAAUAGAAGAAAGUUAAUGAGAUGCAUGUUGAAUGCAUCAUCUACUAAUAAAACGUUGUUUAUCAACUUCUCCAAGCGCCAUACCAUUCCUCAACUCCGACGUUAAACGUCUGGUCUCCCAAGGAUUGUAUGAGCAAGCCCUUGCCUUCUACGUACAAUAUGUCCACCCCUUCCAGUUACACGCAGAAACAGCCUUCAUUGUUCCAUCAAUUGCUAAAGCUUGUGCUCUUUCUCAGUCCCAACAAAUUCUGGGCUUGCAGAUUCACUGCAAUGUGAUCAAGAAUGGGUUCGAUGAAUUUACUAUAUCCAAUUCCCUCCUGUCAAUGUACGCAAAGUUCUGGGACACAAAGAGUGCCCUGAAAGUGUUCGAUGAAAUGCCUAGUUGGGACACCGUUUCUUGGAGUUCCAUGAUAAACUGCUAUACUCAAAAUGGGUGUCUCUUGGAAGCACUGAAGAUGUUCAGGGAUAUGUAUGCACAUGGUUUCGUGCCCAAGCCUGAGAUAGUUGCCAGUUGUCUUUCUACGUGCGUUAAGUGUGGGAAUUGGGGAUUAGGAAGAGCGAUACAUGCUCUUGUUUUCCUUGACGAGAGGAUGGAGUAUUCGUCUUUUGUGGCCACAGCAUUAGUGGAUUUUUACUGGAAGUUUGACAAUCCAAAUAUGGCAUCUCGUGUUUUUGAUCGGAUCAUGGAGAAAAAUGAGGUAUCAUGGACUGCUAUGAUCUCUGGAUGCAUAGAGUGUCAUGAUCAUGUUAGAGCAUUUGCUUGCUUACGUGCGAUGCAGUGUGAAGGUGUUAAGCCCAACAGAGUGACACUGAUCAGUGUUUUACCAGCUUGUGGUGAGUUACGGUCACAUGGUUAUGAUUUGGAUGCUCAGUUCUCAUCAGCACUUCUGCAUAUGUAUUGUGAAUGUGGGGGAGCAUUGCAGACUGCGAGGCUUAUAUUUGACAGGUCUGUGAAGAAGGAGAUUGUUAUGUGGAGUUCUAUGAUUGCAGGCUAUUCUCGGAGUAAAGACUGUGCGAGAGAAGCUAUGAGGCUAUUUAAUGAAAUGCAGAUGGAGGGAAUUCUACCAAAUACUGUUACUAUCUUGGCAAUGAUUUCUGCAUGUACUAAUAUGUUAUCUCUGAUUGAUGGCUGUGGAGUGCAUGGCUACUCUUUGAAACUGAGCUUUGGAACCGACAUAUACAUUCAAAAUGCCCUUAUUGAUAUGUAUUCAAAGUGUGGUAGCCUUGGAGAUUCUGUUCAAGUGUUCAAUGAAAUGAUGACUAGGGAUUGCAUUUCUUGGAGUGCUCUUAUUAGCGCAUAUGGACUCUAUGGGUACGCAGAGGAAGCUUUGCGGCUCUUUGAUGAAAUGCAAGGCAGUGCAUUGAAGGCUGAUGGACUUUUAUAUCUUGCAGUGUUAUCGACCUGCAACCAUGCUGGCCUUGUGGAAGAGGGGCAAGAGCUUUUUGAUCGAGCACUGAGAGAUAUAAAUGUGCCUUUGACCAUAGAACACUAUGCUUGCUAUAUUGACCUUCUUGGCAGGGCAGGCAAGGUCCAAGCCGCAUAUGAUGUUGUGUGUAGAAUGCCAAUGAAACCAAGCCCCAGAAUUUUGAGUUCUUUAGUUUCUGCCAGUAAGCUCCACGGAAGAUUGGAUAUAGCAGAAUCACUAGCACAUAUACUCAUCAGAAUUGAACCUAAGAAUGCUGCCAAUCAUACUUUGCUAAGCAUGGUAUACGCCGAAUCUGAAAACUGGCCGGGGGUGGAAGAAGUUAGGAGGUACAUGAAGGAAAGAAACUUAAAGAAGAACCAUAGUUUCAGCACAAUUUAGCUGUACAACGAGAGCUUGUAACAUAGCCAAAUCAGAAAGAGAAAUGCUUCAAUUGGGUUCUCAUGGCAAUCUCCUGUGGUCAUAGUAAUAUGAAAAAGUGACCUGCAUAUGGAACUUGAUUGAAAAGAGGAUCUAAGGUUAAUCUGUCUUUAUGAGAACCACUUCUUAUGGCCUUAAUAUUGUGCUAAAAGAGAAAGUGGAUCAAACAGCACAAAGUGGAGGACCUGUACCCGUGCAGCAGAAUGCAUCUGAUCAAGUUCUAUGACUAGUAUAUGAGUUGGUUUGAGGCGUUGAAUUGUCCUACUAGAAGGUAUCACACAAUCCAGCAAAUACCAUGUUUUAACUUACUAUGAUGAAACCAUAGUUGGUAAUCCUGAGUGUAAC